CUCUGUAGGUGCGCUUUUGUCCUCUUCUUUAAAAACAGACUCACAGGGAGAGAGGGAGGCAUCACAGGGACACACCUGCCCUGCCCCCGAGGAUCAUGGGAAGCCGGACGAGGCUUUAGAAUCUUAAAAAUCGAGGAUCGGAGAGAGGCGAGAGCGCUCCCGGGACGCCGGUCCGUCAUGAGGAGGUUCUUCCGGGCGCACCGGGACGAGGACUGCAGUCAGAUCCAGUACCUCACGGCCAAGUGCACCCGGCUGGCUCACGACAAAGCGGUGCUGGAGGGGGAGUGUCUGAUGGCCAGAGACCGGGACAGGAAGCUGCAGAGCGACCUGGAGGCCGCCGCUGCUCGACUCCGCCUCCAAGAGCAGACGGACGCGGACCUCAGGGCGAGAGAGGAACGACUCAUCGGAAAGAUCCACCAGCAGCAGCAGCAUCUGGUGGACCAGCUGCAGCAGCGCGUGGUCCUGCUGGCGGCGGCGAGCUCCCGCGACGGCGAGCUGCUGCUGAGCCUGCACGCCGAGGCCCAGCGCAGGGCCGCGGUGGCCGAGGGUGGCCGAGGGCCUCCGGGCGGAGCUGCGCGACGAGGCCCAGCACUGGGCCGCGGUGGCCGAGGGCCUCCGGGCGGAGCUGCUCAGUCCAUCUCCAAGCCCUCUCGGACCUUCAACGAUACGAAGACGCCCUCGUCACCCUUCAACCCCUUUCUAAGGAAGACAGCCGAGCUGGAGGAGCUGCAAGACACCAACCGAACCUUGACGGAGGAGCUGAAAUAUUUACGCUCCGCUCAUCAGACGGAGGUGAUGGAGCUGCAGCAGGAGAACGAGUGCAGCCUGAGGAAGCUGCAGGGCACGGCGGAGCAGUUCGAGUGGCUCUGUCAGCAGCAGCACGACUGGAUGUGUUGUGUCAAGAGAUUCAAAGACAGCCUGAUGGAGGAGAGAGAUGCUCUGCUGCUGAAAAAGAAGGCGGAGAAGCUGAAGAAGAGUUUAUGCAAAGACGACACCACGCAGAGCGCCAUCUGCCCCCUGGAGGCCACCGCACGCCAUGACACCGGCGUGACGUCGUGGGACGCCGUGGCUGACCUGGAGUCUCAGGUGGAGAAGUCCAACAUGCUGUACGCGGAGCUCUUCAACCAGGCGCUGAGCGGACACCAGAAACCUCCCUGAGGCCCGACGCCUGGAGCCCGGACUCCUCUUCUUCUUUUUCUCCUCCCCCUCGUCUCACCUUCUGCAAACCAGAACUCUACCGCUCGAUGUUUGUGUGUGCGGUUCCGCUCUCUGGGACACUUCACAUCACAUUGUCGUAAAAAAACACACAAAAAAACACUUGGAUAGCGUGCGUAAAGUGUUUUCUUUCCAGUAUUGUUCACCUGUCUGAGAAGAAUCCGCUCGGUGACGUCGGACCGAAUUAAAAACGCCGCCCGUCCUCUAUCACGUGCUCCUGUAGUGGUUCUGAAGUCGUUCGGACCUCGUAAUCAACACAUGAGCAAAGUACAGAGCCGGAGAGUAAAUGAAGCACCUGAGAAUGUUGUCUUUUGUUGUGUUUGCCAAGCAGCUGGUGGGCAGAGGAAACAACAAAACGUUGUGUUGUUGACAACAAACUGAAGCGCUCGACUGAUUGUGGCCCCGCCCCCUUCACUGGGGAUCUGGUACGUCUCCACUGUGAUGAUCGUAACCUUAAUUAUCGCUUGUCAGCAAGGAGAUUAAAAAGAGCAUUUGAGGCUCAGAUUAAGGGCGUCAAAUGGGAACCAUGUGAUAUUUAGCUUCUUAGAAAAUGAAACAUGAGAUGUAAUAUGAUAAAGUAGAUGAACAGUGUUUAGCCUAAUUAUUUGAUGUAGGUUAAAAAAAGAAUAUUAUUUUAAGGAAAAAGUACUGUUAAUUGUUUGUAACUUACCACUACAUUGGUAUACAUGUAUACUGUAUAUACAAAAUUACAUAGUUUGAACAGUUUUUAAAAGACAUGUUUUAGGGGGAUGCUUUCGAUGUCACGCUACAUAUUAACUAUUUAUUUACUACUUCUGACGGGGAAAAUAAAGUUCGUAAGUUUGUUCAGUUUAGCCCGUCGCAAUAAAAAUGGCCGCCGCUCUGACCACCCUGA